ACGAUUUUUGUAUUUUCCUAACAUUUUUUCUGCAGCUUCCGAAACCCUAACCCCCUACCGAGAUCCAACUUUUCUCUGAGAUUCUUCAAGUAAUAGUAAAACUAAAUAUGGGAGAAAACAAGGAGAACGAUGCUUAUGAGGAGGAGCUUCUCGACUAUGAAGAAGAUGACGAAAAAAUUCCUGAUUCCGCCACAAAAGUCAACGGCGAAUCGGCCAAAAAGGGUUAUGUUGGAAUUCACAGUUCAGGUUUCAGAGACUUUCUUCUAAAGCCAGAGUUGCUGCGUGCUAUCGUUGAUUCUGGGUUUGAGCAUCCGUCCGAAGUGCAACACGAGUGCAUUCCACAAGCUAUUCUGGGAAUGGAUGUCAUUUGCCAAGCUAAAUCUGGAAUGGGAAAAACCGCUGUUUUUGUCCUUUCAACUCUGCAACAGAUUGAACCGGUUGCUGGUCAGGUUGCUGCCCUGGUUCUAUGUCACACUAGGGAAUUAGCUUAUCAGAUCUGUCAUGAGUUUGAGAGGUUCAGCACUUAUCUGCCUGAUAUCAAGGUUGCUGUUUUCUAUGGUGGUGUCAACAUCAAGCUCCACAAAGAGCUGCUAAAGAAUGAAUGCCCUCAUAUUGUUGUUGGAACUCCUGGAAGAAUACUUGCAUUGGCAAGAGAUAAGGACCUGUCUUUGAGGAAUGUGAGGCAUUUUAUACUAGAUGAAUGUGACAAGAUGCUUGAAUCGCUUGACAUGAGGAGAGACGUGCAAGAAAUCUUCAAGAUGACUCCUCAUGACAAACAAGUCAUGAUGUUUUCUGCAACUCUCAGCAAGGAGAUUCGCCCGGUUUGCAAGAAAUUCAUGCAAGAUCCAAUGGAAAUUUAUGUUGACGAUGAGGCCAAGUUGACCCUGCAUGGACUUGUACAGCACUACAUCAAAUUGAGUGAGACGGAGAAAAACCGGAAGCUGAAUGACCUAUUGGAUGCUUUGGACUUCAACCAAGUUGUAAUUUUUGUCAAGAGUGUCAGCAGAGCAGCAGAGUUGAACAAGUUACUUAUGGAGUGUAAUUUUCCAUCUAUCUGCAUCCACUCUGGCAUGAGCCAAGAAGAAAGACUGACACGCUACAAGGGUUUCAAGGAAGGGCACAAGAGAAUUCUUGUGGCAACUGAUUUGGUUGGUAGAGGCAUAGACAUUGAAAGGGUGAACAUUGUUAUUAACUAUGACAUGCCAGAUUCUGCAGAUACUUAUCUUCACAGAGUGGGAAGAGCUGGUAGAUUCGGAACUAAAGGGCUUGCCAUAACUUUUGUGUCAUCUGCAUCAGAUUCUGAAGUUCUUAAUCAGGUUCAGGAGAGGUUUGAAGUGGAUAUUAAAGAACUUCCUGAGCAGAUUGAUACUUCUACAUAUAUGCCAUCUUAAUGAGAAUGAGGUCUUCCUUGCAAAUGUGCCAGUUGUCUAGCUUGAAGACAUGAAGUGGCAGUAUGGUUUCCGCUUUGUGUCAACGUGGUUCUGAAUAUUGAGCUGAUUAAAUUUGAAGGAUUGUGGUGACUUGUCUGCUUGGGCACUUUCUGGAUUUGCUGUACCCUUAAUGAUUUCUAUGCUGUUCCUGCAUUAGCAUGCAAAUGUGUCAAUGUUGUGAUAUCGAGUAUGAAGAGUUGUAGCUAAUUCCCACUAGAAUUAUUCUGCAUUAGUUUCUUGUACUUGUGCUAGCUAAUGUUAUAUAGCCAGACUAGAGCUAUUUUCCUCAUAA